AUCACAGUGUUUACAUGUGUUUGUAAUGUGAAUCCAUUGUGAACAGUUUUUAAUGGACAUAUUUGUGCUUCGAUUCUACUAUAAGUACUAGUAAUUAACCAAGAGAGAAAGUAGCACAAAAUUGAAGUAGCUAGCUUCACAUGGCAACAUUGAGCUUUUUUUGCUGCCUCCUACUGCCAUUUGCAAGCCUUCUCCUUCAAGUAGGCUGCACAGAUGAUAAUUAUAAACACGCCGCCCUCUUCAUCUUUGGUGAUUCACUCUAUGAUGCCGGAAACAGUAACUACAUCAACACUACCACUGGUUUCCAGGCGAAUUUUAGGCCGUAUGGUGAAUCCUUCUUCAAAUAUCCCACUGGGAGAUUUUCUGAUGGCCGUCUUAUCCCAGACUUUAUUGCUGAGUAUGCCAAGCUGCCACUGAUUCCUCCGUAUCUACAACCAAACAAUCAUUAUUUUGUUUAUGGGGCAAACUUUGCAUCUUCGGGAGCUGGUGCUUUGGCUGAAAUUUAUCCAGGAUAUGUGAUUGACCUUAACACACAGCUAAGCAAUUUUAAGAAAGUAGAGAAGCUGUGGAGGAUGAAACUAGGUGACACAGAAGCUGAGCAGAUGUUGUUAAAUGCUGUAUACAUGUUUGCAUUUGGUGCCAAUGACUAUAUCAAUUACCCUUUUCUGAACUCUUCAUAUUCUGAAGAAGAAUAUGUGGAUCUGGUGGUUGGCAACUUGACACAAGUGUUCAAAGAAAUAUAUAAGAAAGGAGGGAGGAAAUUUGGAAUUUAUAGCUUGGGGAGUUACGAAAAUGUACCAGGUAUUAGGAUACUCACUUGUCCAACCAAUGUUGUUGACUGCAAAGAAGUAAUCGCAGAGUUAGUAAAGCAACACAACAAGGCACUUUCCAAAACUCUCCACAAGCUAGAGAAGAAGUUGAAAGGAUUUAUGUAUUCAAAUUUCAUGGGAUCUAUUGGUUUUGGUGAAAUCAUAGACAACCCAACAAAAUAUGGUUUCAAGGUAGGGAAUAGUGCAUGCUGUGGCAGUGGUCUAUACAGGGGAAUAAAUAGCUGUGGAGGGAAGAGAGGAGUAGAAGAGUAUGAGUUGUGUGAGAAUCCUAGUGAAUAUGUGUUCUUUGACUCUGAUCAUCCCACUGAAGCAGCAAAUCAGCAUGUUGCCAAGCUUAUGUGGAGUGGAAAUACUGAUGUGGCAAUGCCUUACAAUGUGAAGGCUCUAUUUCAACAUACACAAGGGUAAUCUAGUACUAAUAUAUAUGUUCACUCAAUAAUUUGGCCCCCAAUUUAUUGUGUUUGUGGACCUAUUAAAAAAAAAAAAAAAAAAAAA